AUGAGCUUCCUUCGGGCUCUACCGCUGGUGAUCGGUACCGUCGCCCUCCUUGCCACGGCUGCCAUAUUGAUCGUCCACAUUGUGCUCGCCACGCACAUCUCUCGCACAUCCCCUGUCCAGGCCGCCGCUGGCGUGUCGGCGGCCUUGGAAGGUCUCGUGCUCAUCAUCCUGGCAUGGUCGUACUCGAGGUACGUGUUCACCGCCCGGGCGGUUUCGUCACGGAGCCCGGUCGUCGUGUUCGGCAUCAGUCUGGCGGCCUGUGUCGUCGCCACAGCCGCAUCGAUAGCUGCCGUCGUUUGCUUGAGCAAGACGGCGUCCGACCUCCCCCACUCUGUCAUGGGUGCCGAUCAGAACAGCUUCCUCGUGGGAUCCUCCACUGUCCUCGGUCUUUCCUUUGCUUGCCAGAUCAUCUUUAUCAUCCUCCACUUCGUCUGGGCGCCUGUGCCGCACCACAGGGGCGGCCUGCGCCACGCUGACGAGCCUCGCCGCUUGCCGCAGAUGCACGUCAAGUCCAUCCGUUAUAGCCAAACGUCGCCGACCCCCAUCUGCACCAGAGACACCAUCUCCAUGGACUCGAGGUCGCCGCCGCAGUCGAGCAGCGGCCGAUCGGCGACGGAGACGAUGAGCUCGUUCCGGUCGUCCCUGUCCCACGUCGUCCGACCAGUGACGUCCAAGACGCGUCUCUUGUCCACAAGAGAGAAAUACAGGCACUCGACGGACUCGCACUCGAUCCGCGAGGACAGCUUUGAUUCAUGGGACACGUCAACCGUGGACCUCCACAACCGUAUGACGGUGCUGGGCACCGCCUCGCCGGUCGCACCCCCGCGUCUGCUCGAGACAAUCCCGGCCAGCCCGACGACGAGCAGGAGCACCAGCCCCGGCUUUCCCCUCGACCUGGUGCCGCCGCCGCCGGUGCGGCGCAGGAGCAGGAGCUUCAGCCCGGCGAGGCGGCCGCAGAGCAACUCGCCCGAGCUCGAGGGCUCGGGCGAGGCCAACAUCCACCCCCUCUUCCGCUCCGACUCGCCGGUGCCGCCGCCCAACGUCACGCCCGGCACCGUCGUCGUCGCGUCGCCCAAUGCAGGCCAGGUCAUCUCCGACCGGAAGAGCGUCCGCCGGAUGCGAAGCAGCAGCCUCGCGAACGGCCAGUCGCCACUCAGCCACCAGAGCAGCUUUGAGUUCCUGCCCUCGUCGUCAGUCAAUGAGCAGGACGAGGUCGAGGAGCAGAGCGAACUCGAGUCGCCCAGCGAGCGCAAGAUGACGCCGCCCAUCCCCGAGUGGAUCUUGACCGCUGGAUCCAGGUCAAGCCUCACCGGGUACCAGAGCCGCAAAUUCAGGAUCGAUGCCGACCCCGGUUGCUGA